AUGGCCGAGAAGCGGGCGCCCAGUUCCACCCCGGGGCCGAGCACCACCCUCCAGCGAGGUAAAGCAUGUCUCCGCUGUCGGAAACGCAAGAUGCGCUGCGACGGCGCGAAGCCCGCAUGCCAACAAUGCGUCCGCGCGAAGAAAUCCGACGCCUGCGAAUACGACGACGGCAAGGGCAAGACCCGCACCCAGCUCAUGCGCGAGCACAUCGCUCGCCUCGAGCUCAGGAUCAAGGAGUUGGAGGGUCUCGAGCACUCGUCUCCGUCCGUGACGCUGUUCGAUCCCCACUCACAGGGCCCGUACUACUCUGGCUCGUCGUCUUCCUCUAGCCAUGGCUCUCCGGGCACCUACAGCCUUCCCACUUCGGCGUCCCCGACGCCGUUCCAACCAGACGUCGAGUCGAGUUGGGAGACACAAUGGGAGAACAUGGCUGACUUUGCGGCACCAGUCAGCGAACCGUACAACCCCUCAGAGGAGCCACCACUCGAGCUUGCGCAGAUGCUCUUGGAGAUCUUCCUUCCCCACAGGCACCAGUGUGGCCUUGACCUCCACCCUGAUCGCCUCAGAGAAUCUCUGACUCUUCCCUCAUCAGAGCGCCGGCAUCCAGUCCUAAUGAACGCGAUCUACCUCUGGGCGUGCUACCUCUCGCGGCCAGGAUCUCUCAGCGAACAUGAGCCCCAUUACUUGUCGCGUGCGCUGUCGGCCAUGACCGACGCGAUCCAGUAUCCGUCGAAAGUGAUCGAUGUCAUCCGGGCGUCCUGCAUCCUGUCUGUGUACUACCUCUCGAACGGCCGCCUGUUCGAGGGCAGCUACCACUCAACAGUAGCAUCCUCGCUCGCGGUGCAGUUCGGGCUGCACCAGAUCGGCGUGGACGAGCGCACGCCGCAGUCGGGCGCGGACGACUUGGACUCGACGUUCAGACUUGAGCCUGCGAGGGACACGAUUGAGCGCGGAGAGCGGAUACUGACGUUCUGGCAAGUGUACAACCUCGACCGGUGCUGGUCCGUGGCGCUCCAGCGGCCGUCGACCAUCCCGGACAGCGACCACCCCUGGACGUGCAUCAGCACCCCGUGGCCGCAGAGUAUGGACGAGUAUGCAUGUGGAGACAUCGACCUCGGCAGCGCGAGCCCGACCGUGCAGAGCUUCUUCAUGCACCAAGGCCAGACGUCCAACAUGGUCAGCGGAUUCUCGACUGGCGCUCUCCGCGCCAAGGCGUCCGCGCUCUUCGAGGCUGCCAACCGUCUGUCGGCAAGCUGGAGUACGCUGCCCUCCUCGAACGCGUUCAUGGACAACUUCCGCGUGCUCGAGCAUACGAUCACGCGCUUCGCGUCGACGCUGCUGCCCCUGCACCAGCUCGGCGCGGCGCUGCCUGAGGACAAGUACACCCUCAUCAUGGUCCACAGCCUGGCGCACGCCGCGAUGAUCCGGCUGCAAUUCCCGUUCAUGGACAACGACGCGAUCUCGCGCGAGAAGUGUCUGCGCUCCGCGCGCGGGAUGAUCCUCGUGUCCAAGCACAUCGCCGACAUGGACUUCGAGUUCCUGGACCCCCUGAUCGGUCCCUGCUGGUCUUCGGCGGCGAAGGUGCUCGAGUCAGAGCUGAUCCGCCUGCAGUCGCUGUGGCCGCCGAUGAACUCGCUCGAGAUCCAGGGCGAACUGGGCGCGGUCCUCUUCAUCAUGACGAAGCUCAGCACGCGGUUCCCGCUCCUCAGCUACCAGGCCGCGAAAAUCCAAAACUUCCUGGAAUCAAAAUAG